GGGAGCUCGGAGUGAAGGUCUGGCUGCCGGGGAUUUCUUGGAGGCCUGCCUGCUUUCUCCUCUUUAUCUUUUGUACUGGAAAAGCUCUUUGAGGAAGAGGAGGAAGGGGAAAGCAGAGGAGUCAGGAAUGACUCUUUCUCAGGUAAAAUCGUAUUUUCAGUUGAUUCACAGUCUGUCCUUGUGAGAUGCCCUUCUUUGGACUCGUUAAUCUUCCCUGACUCUGAAGUAUCCCGCCUGACAGUUGUACAUCACAGUCACCUGGGUCCUUCCCUCAGUCCCUGUCGUCUCCACUCGGAUUUCACACCCAUGGAUUGGAGACGGAGUGUCAAUGCUCCUGGGCCUCGGGGAUUGUUGAGAAGCCCCAUCUGGAUGCACUGUCUGAUCUCUGUCAACCAGGAUAAAGAAGCUGCACAUGCAUGUCAGGCACAGUUGACCUUCAAGGAUGUGGUCAUCGAAUUCUCUCCAGAAGAGUGGGAAUGGCUGGACCCUGCUCAGAGGGUCUUGUACAGGGACGUGAUGCUGGAGACCUACAGGAACCUGCUCUCUGUAGAUCUCUCUCAUAUACACAUGAUCAAGAAAUUACAACUAAAAUCAAACACUGAUAUAGGAGGAAUAUUCCAAACAGUGAGGUUGGGAAGCCGUGGAAGCUGUGAAAUCAAGCAUUUUUACCUACGGGAAAUACAGGAGACUAUGCGUGACCUUGGGUGUCAGUGGAGAGCCGAUGAAAGAAAUUACAAAAAUAUCCCUACAUCCCCUAACAAAGAUGUCACUUAUAGAAGAGUUCGACAUGGUGGAAGGGAUUCAGGAAAGAAUCCGAUUGCAAAUAGGCUGGCCUUAAGCUUUUCGGAUGAACUGCAUAUGUUUAGAAGUAAACAGAAAACUUAUGAAUUUCAUCAAGCUGACAAGAGCAUCAACAAUAGUACCUCAUUUUCACCAUCUCAAGAAAUUUCUCCUACUGGCCAAUCCAAAAUUUCUAAUAUACAUGGGAGUGAUUUUAUGCAUCUUUCAAUAAUGACAGAAGACCAGAAAGCACACAGGGAAAGUCCUUACAAAGGUAAUGAGUAUGGCAAAACCUCUCCUCAGGGCUCAAACCUCAGUAGACAUCAGAGAAUCCACACAGGAAAGAAACUGCGUAAAUGUGAUGUGUGUGGCAGGGUCUUUAGUCGAAAUUCACACCUUGUGAGUCAUAGGAGGGUUCAUACUGGAGAGAAACCUUAUGAAUGCAAUGAGUGUGGCAAGAGGUUUAGUCAAAAUUCACAUCUUACAAGUCAUCAGAGAAUUCAUACUGGAGAGAUGCCUUAUCAAUGUAACGUGUGUGGGAAAACCAUUUAUUCUACCUCAGGCCUCAGGAGACAUAUGAUAAUCCAUAGAGAAGCUAAGCAAUAUAAAUGUGAUGUAUGUGGCAAAGUCUUUAAUCAGAAUACAGUCCUUGUAGUUCAUCAGAGAAUUCAUACUGGAGAGAAACCUUACAAAUAUGGUGAAUGUGGCAGUGUCUUUAGUCAAAAAACACACCUUACAAGUCAUCUGGUAACUCAUACUGGAGAGAAACCUCACAAAUGUAAUGAGUGUGGCAAGCUUUUUCGGGAUAGGAGAACCUUUACAAGGCAUCAACAAAUUCAUACUGCAGUGAAACCUUACAGAUGUCACGAGUGUGGGAAGUUCUUUCGUGAGAAGCCAACCCUUGCAAGGCAUCAACAAGUUCACACUGGAGAAAAACCUUACAAAUGUAAUGAGUGUGGGAGAGCCUUCAGUCAGAAUUCAAACCUUGCACGCCAUCAGAAAAUUCAUAAUGGUGAGAAACCUUACAGAUGUAAUCAGUGUGGCAAGCUCUUUAAUCGAAAAGGAAACCUUACAGUUCAUCAGAGAAUUCAUACUGGAGAGAAACCUUACAAAUGUAGUGAGUGUGGCAAAGUGUUUAGUAAAAAUUCAAACCUUGUGUGUCAUCAGAGAAUUCAUACUGGGGAAAAACCUUACAAAUGUAAUGAGUGUGGCAAAGUCUUUCGUUACAAACAACGUCUUCGAAUUCAUCACAGACUACAUAAUGGAUAGAAACCUUGCAAAUGUAUUGAGUGUGGAAAAGCCUUUACUCAGGUCUCCACCUUUGCUACACAUCAGAAAAUCCAUACUUAAGAAAAACCAUAUAAAUGUGUUGUAUGUGGAAAGGUCUUCAAAAUUCAAACUUUAAAAAAAAAUUCAAAUUUGAAAAUUCACACCUUACAAUUCUUUGGAGAAAUCACAGUGGGGAGAAUCUGUACAAGUAUCAUGAGUGUCGUAAAGUUUUUGUGUGUGCAGCCUCUCUUACCGCCAGAUAAUCUAUAAUGGAAAGAAACCUUGCAUGUAAACUGUCUACAUGUGUUUAGUCAAAAUUCAUACCUUAUAAUCUGCCCAAGAAUUCAUACUGGAGAGAAACCUUGCAAAUGUAAUGUGUGUGGCAAAUUCUUCAGUUUGCCCUUAAGCCUAACUGAACAUCAGGUAAUCCACGAUCUUGAGAGAGUUUAACAGUGUAGUGAAGUGUCAAGGCAUUUACUAGGUGUCCACAUUUUCGGCUUUACUAGAAUACUUAUUCUGGAAAGAAACCAGAUAGAUGUAAUUAUUGUGGCCAGGUCUUUAGAAAAGGAAUUGAUACACCAAGUAAUUCAUUCUGGAGAUUACCUCACAGAUGUUAUGAAUGGGAAAACCUUUCCUUGGGGCUAACAGCUCACCAGGCAUCAGAAAAUCUAUGCUGGAUUAUUGUGAAAUUAUUCCUCCUAUGUUUGCAUCUUUGCCACUGUGCUAUUGUCUGUCCCAGAGAAAUCCCUGUUUGAGGUGGGAGCACUUCCCCCACUUCUCAUAGACUCUGCCUUUUAGUCUCAAAUAGCAAAAUACUCCUCUGAUUGCUUUCUGGUGCCAGGACUACCUGCUUAGCUUUUUUUUUUUUU